AAAUCUUGAUUUAAAGUUAAAGUCAAGUUUAAACGUGAAAUACCUAAACUACCUUUAUCCACAAAAUGGCUCAUAUAGUUAAUAUCCAAAAAUUACAUUGGAACUAAACUAAUAAAAAAGAAAACUCUUUCAACGUUUAUUUUUUCAUUUAUAAAACUUAAACUCGAGACCUUGUUAAGGAAAACCGAACUCAUUCCACUCGAACCAACAUAUUAUUGGUGUAAUACUGUUAUUUAUUGAACAUUUCAGCAUGUAAUUUGGUGUGUGUCUCCGCUUUGGUGUCAUUUGAGCGUUUAGGGACAAACACCAGAGUAGAACAAUCCUGGAUGACACUUGAGCGGAGUGACUCACCAGUGCUUUUGGAGAGAUAUGCCUAUGUUCACACCAGCGAUUGGCUGGAAUUUCUGAAAUCUCUAGUAGGUUUAUUACAUGCUGUUAAAGAUGUCUCAAGUUGCAGUGGCCAAUGGCCAUUAAAGCGUCGUACUCUAAUAAUGCUUCAACAUCUAUCAGGUCUUCAUCAAAAUCAAUUGGACUCGGGGUACUGACCUGCAAAGUCAGUUAAAGAAACUAGUUCAUAGAAACUUGUACUUUAAAAAAUUAAUUAAAAAAAAGAAAAAAAAGAAACUACAUUUCAACAUGUCAAACCGUUUAGCCUAUUUGGCUAUUGUACAAACAAAAAACUAGAGAUAUUUUUCCAUAUAUCGAGAAAAGGUAACCCCUGGAACAAGUCUAACAUGUAAAAUGCAACCUCAGCUUUUCAAAUGCUCUUAAUUCCUUCAGCAGCAGAUCCAUGAUAUAAACUGAUCUUGCUAGCCAUAAUUUCAUAAGAUUUGUAUGCAAAAUUAAAAACAUGUCUAUGCAUAACUUUCCAAUUUAAGAUUGUGUAAAGCAUUCUGUGAAAUCUUUUAUGAAAAACUACAAAUGAAAAAUUAGAGAAAGAAAACAUUCAGUUACCUCUUUCUCUUGGAUCUCAGUGACAACAUUCAGCAAACUGCAAUAUUACUCUCUGCAUUCUGGAUACUGAACCAUAGACUUUACCUUAGUGAGUGCCUUUUGUAUCCUGCCUUCUUUCAGAAAAUCAUAUUCAUCAUCUUUUGAGGAAUUUUUAUGCAUAUUGGGAGCUGCAGUAACGGCUUCUGGCUUAAAUCCACUCAAACCACUUCUUUUUCUUCUCCAACGCAAGAUCCAUUUCUCCAAAAUUCCUAGGCACCAGAUUAUUUUCCUAUAGUGUUUCCUGACUCGGUGACUUCUCACAUAAGCCUUUC